GAACGCGUGAGGUAACCAGGCGCUCAAGUGUUUGUCCUUAUCUCUGGUAUUUGCAGCCGAGCGGGAAGUGGAGGCGAUUUGCAAAAACGUUUUGUUUUUCACCCUCUGAGGAGUUUUCUUAAUAAACAGAUAUGACUAAUAUAUUGCAGCUGGUGUCAGAAACUCCGGACAGGCGGACUUUACCCACAAUAUCGCAGCUCUCCGAAAACGAUAUUGACUGUAUUUGGGCUGAAGUAUCCGCCUACACUGAACGACAGAUGACGUUACAGAAGGGGGUCCACCUGGCAGGACUGGGGACUUUCACCUUCUCUCAGCAAAAGCUGGACCUAGGAAACAAGUUCACAGUGAUCCAACGACCCAUCUUCCUCCUGGCUGGGAAACUGGUUCAGUCUCUGGGUUUAAAGCAGACCAGACCACUGGCUGCAGCAACACACCUUCCAGUGGUGCAGCUAAACUUUGCAGCUGUGUCACAAGAGGGUCCUUUCAGUCGAGACGUAGUGGAGGGCUGCGUUAGAGAAACUCUUCUGCUCCUCUUCAGAGCUUUGGCCUCGGAGCAAAACGUGUUUAUCACCUUCCAGGGAAUCGGAGUUCUGUCUUUUAAGAACAACAAGGUCCGGAUGAAAUUCAACAGCGAUUUUAUUAAUGCCAUGGAUGGAACUGGUAGGCUGCUGUUAGCCUAUAAGAAUAGACCUGGCAGCAGUGUCUCUUUACUGUCUGGUGGACCGUCCAGGCUUCAGCGACCACAGACUGCCAAGCCCACCUCCCUGCCAACUGUCUGCUCUCCUCAACCAGACGACAAAGCCGGUGACAGAGAUGGAUGGUGCUUGUCACCAGCUCCAGACCAGAGGAAUGCAGGAGAAGUUCCCCAACAGAGAGAAUCUAAAUCCCAUCAGACACUGCAGCCUGCCCAGAUGAAAGCUGUCAGCCUGUUUGAAGAACUGAAUCCAAAACCCCCUGUAGAGGCCACAGACAAGUCCGCCACCUCCAUCUCCCCGCCAGAGCUCGCUCCCAAAGUGGAGGAACCUCAUGUGAAUGUUAGCUGCUCUGGCCACACUCGUGCUGGACAGGAGCUGUGCUACCUGUGUAUGCAGCGAGCCCAAAGAAAUGUUCCAGUGUACCUGAGGGAGCAGCAGCAGGCAGAGGAGAAAGCCCAGGAGAAACUCUUACUGAAUAAAGAGCAACAGAGAGACAAGCAGUGCAUGGAGGAAGAACAGGCAAAGCUGAAUGAGCAACGCGAGCAUGCAAAGCAGGUUGCUACAUUCAACCUGCAAAUGUCAGAGAAGAAAGGGAAGACUUAUUGCCCUCUGUACCCUACUUCAUUUAUCUUCCCGGCUCGGCCCCUCACUCCUGCAAAGAGGAUUCAGCAGCAUCGUUAUAUGAACGAUCUUCAGAGCCAGAUAGAGAGCCGGCGGCAACAUGAGGCUCAGGACCAGCAGAACCGUCUCCUAAUGGAGCAUCUAGACCAGGUCCAGCUGGUCCAGGAGAUAGCUUUGAAGAAGGCCCAGCACCUCCAACAGAAACAAGAGAGAACUAAGCAUUACAAGACGGCUCUGGACACUCAGAUGGGGGAUAAGAAGUGCACAGACCCUCCAGAGUGCCAGGCUGACAACUCUUGGUUCAGCCGCUGUGACACAGCAGCCAGCAGCGCAGAGGGCCGCGAGAGGGCGCAGAAGCUAUUCCAAGUAAAUGUCGGUGUUGCUGCUCAGAGGAAAAAGGCAGAAAUGCACAGCCGCCAGGCACAGCUGGAGAAAGAGAGAGAAAUGCUCAAACACAACAAAACAGAACUAAUACUUGACCGCAUUAAUCGCUUUGAGAAGAAGCGAGACAUUAGUAAGUCAUUGGAGGAUGAGUGGAGUCGCAGUGUGAAGCUCAAGCACCAACAAGAGGAAGACGAGAGGCGCUUCCUGAGGUCUGCUGGUCAGCUCCUUGUAGAUAAGCUUGCACAGUACAGGCGCUGCCGUCAGUGCAAGAGGAGGACCUCUAACUUUGGAGAGAGCAACAUCUGGAAGGACUCUCAUUACCUCUCUGGCUCACAGUUCAUGAUUUGAUGAACAGUACAGUUUACGCCAGCACUUGAACAUUAAUACCUCACAGCUUAAACAAGACCUCAACCCUUUUACUCAUCGUGCGAUGGUCACUUAAGAUUGAAAUAAUGUGUUAAGCACAUGUGAAGCAUACUUGGAUGUUAUGGUGUGCAGUAUUCUCGAGAUUUAUUCUUUCUCCUUUUCCUGAAUUAGUCCUUGGAGUUUGUGUUUAUUGCACUUAAUAUGGUUGUUUUUUGGUAUUUUGUAUUGUGAAAAUAAACAAACAAACAAACAAAUAAAUCUCUACUCUGUCAUUUAGUUUGGCUCAGAGGCCCAGUGUGUUAAAGUGACAAGACAAACUGGGAGAGGCUAAUCACAGAGUACCUACAGUAGUUAGCAUGCAGGCACAAGGUAAUGCACUCAAGUACUCUGCUAAAGGCUUAGUUCAAAGAAGAAUAGUCCAUGUUAUCAUGUUAUGUUUGUAGAAAAUCUGCUCAGGGGAAGGAAAAACGUGGCAAUUAACAUACAAAAGAUUUUUACAUAUUCUGAAAACUUUAUACUUCAUGAAUACCAUUGGACAUUACAAAAUUUGAGGAAUAGCUGUCCCAUAUCUGACCCUGAAAUUGUCCAUGCCAAAGUUCAUAAGAGGAAGUACUUUCCUUAAAAAGGAAGAGGGCCCCAACAGGGGGCACAAGUGUGAAGACUGACGACAGAAGAAAGAAAGAGAAACACAAAUCAUUAUAAAUCAUUGUGUGUUUCUUCAUAAAUCAUUAUAGGUUGAAAACAUAUAAGAGCAAAAUGAAAAGUGAAGAAGAUAAAACAAGAUAAGGAUGAAGGAAGGUAUGUAGCUUUAAUAUGGGAGGAUGGGUUCAUGCGAUGGGGGAGUUUCUAUAGAUGAUAAAUGGUGUGUCGCAGUAUUCUUCUGGCAGUGAUCCCAGUUCUCUGUGAAACCAGAACUCCCUUAAUGAGCUCAUGGAGGCAUUUGAUUUGGUCUUUGUACAGAAACAGAUGCACAAUAAACUGCCCCACACACUCUGGCUGAUUCAUUUUUGAUUGUGUGUGUGUGUGUGUGU